AUGCUUAAAAUGUACAACUCCGGCUUUCGCUAGUCACAGAAAGAGGGUUAAAGGUAGAGAAAGAGAGAGGGGGACCGGACGAGAGACGGAAUGAUGUGACAAAACCAUGUUUUACAGAUGAUUGAGGGCAUUUUGAGGGAGCUGUGGUGAUACGGAAGCGUUAUGUUUCGAAGUGGGAUUGAUUUUUUUGUGAAUGAGGCCUCGAACAUCCGAUUUAUUUUCAUCAUCUGAUUAUUUUGCUGACCCCAGACCUGUGUUUGUUUGUGUAAAUAUUCGCGAGAUGAAGAGGGUGAAUAGUUUCCAGAGGUUUAUGAACACACGGGCAGCUGCAAACUGCCGUUACCAGCCCACAUGUUACGAGCAUGCAGCCAACUGCUACACCCAUGCGCUGCUGAUCAUGCCAGCGUUUGUGGGCAUGGCUCUUUUACACCGGCUGUCAGAUGACCGCUGGGAGAGAUUUACAGCCUGGGUGUACGGCAUGGGUCUGAUCGCCCUGUUCCUCGUCUCUACGGUCUUUCACAUCAUCACCUGGAAGAAGAGUCACAUGAGGACGAUGGAGCACUGUUUCCACAUGUGUGAUAGAGUUGUUAUAUACUUCUUUAUUGCUGCCUCUUAUACACCGUGGUUGAAUCUCCGGGAACUCGGGCCGCUCGCCGCUCACAUGCGCUGGUUUGUGUGGUUGAUGGCAGCUGCCGGAACAAUCUAUGUGUUUAAUUACCACGAAAAGUAUAAGCUGGUGGAGCUGGUGUUUUAUCUGACCAUGGGCUUCUUCCCUGCGCUGGUGGUGACAUCAAUGACGAACACGGAGGGUCUGAGUGAGUUGGCGUUCGGGGGUCUGGUCUACUGUCUGGGAGUGUUUUUCUUCAAGUCCGACGGCGUGAUUCCCUUCGCUCACGCUAUCUGGCACGUGUUCGUGGCGCUGGCGGCCGCCAUUCAUUACUACGCCAUCUGGAAAUACCUGUACCGCAGUCCUGCGCUGGAGGACAUCAGAGACGUCUGAGCCACAAACAAACAACUCUUCGUCAUCAUCAUCUUCAUCAUUAUCAUCAAAAACACCAACGUUUACCAGGAUGACCAUGCAAUGUUUACGGUUUUCUUACCAGCUCAGAGUAUCUCUGUCUGUCUGUGAGAGUGUGUAUGUGUGUGUGUUGCAGUGCUGAAUGACCAACUGCAACAAGACGUGCGUGCGUGCGUGCGUGUGCGUGUGUGUGUGUGUGUGUGUGUUCUUCUCUCUUUUCAUCAGUAUUAUGUAAAUAUUUACCACUGAAAGCAGAUGAAUUGUGAUAUUUACUGAUUUUAUUUUAUUUUUUGGCGUGCAUUCGGUCUCGCACACAUUCAGUAGUCGUUUCAGAUCAUAUAUUUACAGAUUUUUUUGUGCAUUCGGUCACACAGACACACACACUCAGUAGUUGUUUCAGAUCAUAUGUAAUGAAUUCUUUUAUUCAUCUUGCGACUUUAGUGUUUGGUUAAGAAAAGUAAUGUAUUACAAUCUUAAAAUGGUAACACUUACGGUAACAACAAUGUUGUGUUAAUGUAUUUGCUAACAUGAACCGACACGUUCAUCUUAAAAAUGGUAACAUAAUAAGAUCACGUGGAUUAAUGUAAUUUUGCAUUCUUAAUAUAUUUGCUGACGUGAUCAAACAUUGAGCGACACAUUACUUCCAUUAAUUAAUCUUAAUGAUGAAUAAAUACUGUAAUGUCAUUCAUUGUUAAUCCAUGUUAACUCACAGCGCAAUAACUAAUGAUACAAGCAGACCUUCGGAUUUUAAUAACGCGUUUGUAAAUUAUUUAUAAAUACCAUAUUGUUCGUUAUAAGUUCAUUAGUAAACACAGUAACUAAUGAAACCUUAUUGUGAAGUGCGAGCAUUAAAGCAAACUAAAACAAAACGUUUACUUUUACUAAGUAACACUUUUUUGAAAAAAAGUUACUUUUAUUACUACGUUUACUAAGUAACAGUAAAUGUAUUAACAAAGCAACUUAAAAAGUAACUGUUACUUGGUAAAAGUAAUGAUAUAAUCACGUUUUUUAAAAAAGGUAACAGUUAAUUGUUUUGAAAAAGGUAGCUUUAUUAUUAAAUUUACAAACAGUUACUUUUUUGAAAAAGUUUCAUUACUGUGUUUUUGAACUAUGUUACUUUUUUUUAAAGUUACUAUAUUACUACAUUUACUAGGUAA